GUGUGGAAUUCAGCGUGUGAGAACUGUGCAAACUAAUAUAGAAACCAUUAGCAAUUAGUUAAUAGCGCAAAACUCUGUCCGACGAAGUAUAUAAUAAAGGGAAAUUGUCAAAAGGAAAACUUGUGAAACAGUGAAGUGCAUAAAAAAAGAUUAUCCUGUUAUAACUGAUCGAAAAAGGACAAACAUCUGCAAAAAACAAAAAAUUAAUUAUAGAGACAAUUUCCAUGAUAUAGCCGUACCACCAUCGCACCAUCGAUUCAAAAAAUAAACAUUUCGAGAUCAAUAUUCAAUUAUUGGUUGUGUUGGCAUGUUAAGUGUGUUCGAUGCCGGUGCGGUUAAGUGUCGUCUAUGGCCGAAUCCGUUAAAAGUCAAUCGCUCUCUGCAUUGACGGAGGGGCAGCACAACGACGGUAGUAAUAUAGCAACGGGAGCAACAUCUACAGCAUUAGUUAAUAAUAGUACUGCUGCCGCUAAUACAACAACUUCAAAUAACUCGUCACAGCGGCGACGCAAUAACAACCAUAGCAACAAAAGCCACAGCAAGAACAAAAAACGCAACAACCCCCAUCCGACAUCACCAGUGCCCUCUGCUGUCGUCACAUCCGUCAACGUAGUCACCACCUCAGCGGCAAUAGCAAAGGCAACUGCAUCAUCCUCCGCCACCCGUCGUUCGUGCAGUCAAGGUCGCCACUCCUCUGCAGCAAUUAACAACAACAACAACAUCAUCAGCAAGGAGCCGCAUAUCUCCAAGCGCAACUCUAUCACGACCAAUCCUGCUGACCAAUCGACAUCACCCGGAAGUCGCAAGCGUCAGCUUCAACAUCAGCAUAACAGCAGUAAUUCCAGCAUCAACACCAACAGCAGCGGUAACAACAAUCGUAGUCAUCAAUCGUUGCACGGCGGAGAUCAGCUGGUGGAGCUCGGCUCGCCACUAAGGAAACGCCGUCGGCAGCCGGCAGAGCACAAUAGUCACGAGUCCUUGGGAUUAGAACUCGGCGGAGGAGCAGCCGGAGUCACUGAUCAGACGCCCCAUCCGGCAUUCGGCGCUGAUUGUGUGGCCCAGCGCACUCGAUCCAAGACCGUUUCCCCGGACGAUUUGCCCAGCACAAGCAGGGCAGCGGCGCGUCACCAACACUACCAGAUUCAAGCCAAUACUAGCUCCAGCAGUUUUCCGGGCACUAAUAGUAGCAAACGCAAGGCCAGCCCAGGAGGAUCCAGGUCUGUGGCUGAAGACACUCCUCAGCGAGGUGCAUCUGGGGCUGCUCGCACCGGUCGCAGCGGCAAUCUGCUGAACUACUACCGCAAGACACGAAAGGUCAGCCACACACGCUCCUCCCAGAAGUUAUCGAAGCAGUUAGUUCAGCAGACGCCAGAGGAGGCGGCUGCAACCAACGUCAGUGAGAGUCGCCUGCAGGGAGCUGCAGCAGGUCCCAGUGGAUCCAGUAGCAAGUCGAGUGUCUACCGAAAGUAUAGAAAGAGUUUGCGUCACUCGCAGCAGAGUCAACUGGAAACAGAGAUCUCCGGAUCAUCGGGAACUGGAACCGAAGCUGGAGCUGAGGAACAGCAGCCGGAGCACGGGAAUCUGGACGUGGAGAGCCAGUUGCCUGCCGUAGAGGAGUCUCUAAAUUCCCCAGAGGUCACAGUCAACCAUACUCAGGGACAGUUGGAGGCGGAGAGCCAGUCUGAAGAGCAGGACGACAACGACGACGACGAGGAGGAGGACGACGACGAGGAGGAAGAGGAAGAAGAAGAGAGAUUCUACGAUAUUGUAAACUCGGCUGACUCGUCCUACGGGGAAGACGCUCAAAUAGUUGCCGAAGAGGACGAGAUCACAGAAGAGGAAGAAGUCGACGACGAGGAGGACGAUAUCGAGGAGGACGAGGACAUCGACGAGGAGGACCUCUCGGACAGUGAUCUUGCCCAUCAACUAAUUGGUGAACUUGGUGGCGCCGGACCACCGCCGGCUCUCUAUCAGCAACAGCAGCCGCAGCCACCUCAACUCACUCGCUAUACCGCAGCAGCUGGAGCGGCAGGAGCGGUCCCAGCAGCGGCUACGUUUGUGCCGCCACAGCAACAAGUUACGUACAAUCAGCAGCAGCAGCACCAACAACAACAACAACAACAACAACACUCCUCACUGCGACGUAGUUCACGUGGCAAGACGGGUUCUUGCGUGAGUUCAGCGGCAGCAGCACAGCAGCAGCAACAGCAGCAGCAGCAACACCACCAGCAGCAGCAUAGCAACGCUGCUGCUGCUGUACAACAGCAUCAACAGCAGCAGUUGCUGCCACCGCCUGGUACCUAUCAAUACCAACAGGUGGGCGGCAAUACCGUUGUUGUUGCCGUGCGUCAUCAGCAACAGUUGCAACAGCAGCAGCAGCAGCAGCAGCAGCAACAACAACAACAACAACAACAACAACAGCAACAACAACAACAACAACAACAGCAGCAGCAGCAGCAGCAGCACCAGCACCAGCAAUUGGCUUUACACCAGCAACAUCAGCAGCAGCGUGCCACGCUUGUGCAGCCGGGAUUCUUGUUCAGCUAUCGCAGCAAUCAUCCGCAGCAGCAGCAGCAACAUCCGCACACACAGCAGCAGCAACAACAACAACAACAACAACCGCAACAAAUUGUACAUCAGGGCCCGAAAGUGACGCAUAGCAGUGCAGCUUCGGAUGCUUUAACAUAUAGUUUGAUGGCACAACAACCGCCAAGUGGACCGCCGCAUGCAGGUGGACAGCAAUUAACGCCAGGUGCCAACUCUGCCAAUCUCAGCAUUGUCGCGGCCGCUCUGAGUGCCGCACGUGACGUCGGAGGAGGAGCAGGAGGUGCAGGAGGCGCGGGAGGAGCAGUACCAGCCACUGGAGCAGCAGCUGCAUCGGCAGGAAACACCAGCGCCGUGGGCGCGACGAGCAGCAACAGCGGUGCCGGCCAACCAGCCAGCAACAGCAGCAACAAUGUAACCGCAGCAGGGUCGGGGUCUGUUCCCGGUGGCGGCGGACACACCACCACAGGGACGACGAGCAGCGGGAGCCAGCAUGGCGGUGGAGCUGCAGCAGCCGGCGACUCGGAGAGCGAUGACAGUGAGGUGGGUCGCUUGCAGGCAUUACUCGAGGCUCGCGGACUGCCACCUCAUCUAUUCGGAGCUCUGGGUCCAAGGAUGACGCACAUUCUCCAUCGCACCAUUGGAAACAGUAGCAGUUCGAAGGCCAAUCAACUACUUCAGGGACUGCAAUCUCAUGACGAGUCCCAGCAACUGCAGGCUGCCAUUGAAAUGUGCCAGAUGUUGGUGAUGGGCAAUGAGGAUACCCUCGCUGGCUUUCCCAUUAAGCAGGUUGUGCCUGCCCUCAUCCAGCUCCUGCGCAUGGAGCACAACUUUGACAUCAUGAACAAUGCGUGCAGGGCUUUGGCUUACAUGCUGGAGGCAUUGCCCCGAUCCUCGGGAACCGUUGUAGAGGCCGUGCCAGUGUUCCUCGAGAAACUUCAGGUCAUCCAGUGCAUGGACGUGGCCGAGCAGAGCUUGACCGCACUGGAGAUUCUCUCGAGGCGUCAUAAUAAGGCCAUUCUGCAGGCAAAUGGAAUAUCGGCAUGCCUUACUUACCUGGACUUCUUCUCGAUUGUGGCUCAGCGUGCAGCCCUUGCUAUUGCAGCCAACUGUUGCCUCAACAUGCACCCGGAGGAGUUCCACUUUGUGUCUGAGAGCUUGCCCCUGCUGGCUCGCCUCCUCUCGCAGCAGGACAAAAAGUGUGUGGAGAGCGUGUGCUCUGCUUUCUGCCGCCUGGUGGAGAGCUUUCAGCUGGAUAGCCAGCGCCUGCAGCAGAUAGCCAGUCCCGAUCUCCUGAAAAAUUGUCAGCAACUAUUACUGGUCACUCCGGCCAUUCUAAAUACGGGAACCUUUACGGCCGUGGUGAGAAUGUUGAGCUUGAUGUGCGGCAGCUGCCCGGAUCUGGCCAUUUCGCUGCUGAGAAACGAUAUUGCGGCCACCUUGCUAUAUUUAUUGACUGGCAAUGCAGAGCCGGCAGCUGCCAGUGCCACCCACGUCGAGCUGAUCUCACGCUCACCCUCGGAACUGUACGAACUGACCUGUCUGAUUGGUGAGCUGAUGCCACGUCUGCCAUUGGAUGGCAUUUUUGCGGUGGACUCUCUGCUGGACAGGCCCACGUUGAAUACCCAGGAUCAGGUCCACUGGCAGUGGCGCGAUGAUCGCGGUUCCUGGCACAAUUAUUCCACCAUUGAUUCGCGGCUAAUUGAGGCCGCUAACCAGAGCAGUGAGGACGAGAUCAGUCUGAGCACAUUUGGACGCACUUAUACCGUGGACUUUCAUGCCAUGCAGCAGAUCAACGAGGAUACGGGCACCACGCGCCCGGUGCAACGCCGCCUCAAUCACAAUUAUGUGGCGCCCAUGACAGCAGGACAGGAUUUGACCACCACAGCUGCUACAGCGGCAUCUGGAGGAGCUUCUACCUCUGCUGCAGCGGCAGCGGCAGUCUCAAAUAACAACAACAAUAAUAAUAAUCCACCAACCAGCAGUGGCAGCCAAGCAAAGCGUCGCCCUUCUCUGGAUGCCAGGAUUGCUUGCUUAAAGGAGGAACGCGGACUGGCAGCGGAUUUCAUAAAGCACAUAUUCAAUGUGUUGUACGAGGUCUACAGCUCGUCGGCAGGACCGAAUGUGCGAUAUAAAUGCCUUCGUGCCCUUCUCCGAAUGGUGUACUAUGCCACGCCCGAGCUGCUGCGCCAAGUUCUCAAAUAUCAGCUGGUCUCCAGCCACAUUGCCGGUAUGCUGGGCAGCAACGAUCUGCGGAUUGUUGUGGGAGCUCUUCAAAUGGCAGAGAUCCUCAUGCGACAGCUGCCUGACGUCUUUGGUACUCACUUUAGGCGCGAAGGCGUCAUCUACCAGUUCACCCAACUAACGGAUCCAAAUAAUCCCAUUUGUGCUAAUUCCUCACCAAAGCCGCUGAGCACGACGGCCACGCCAACAGCUAACGCGGGCGGAUCUCAGUCGGCACCGGCCUCCGCCAAUAGCCUACAGGUUAAUCCCUUCUUCAUGGACAGCGCUCCGGGAUCAUCAAGUGCUUCAACGACCCCAAGCAGCAGCAGCAAGCACCAGUCAUACAGCGUGAAGAGCUUCUCGCAUGCCAUGAACGCCUUGACGGCCAGUGCCAAAGGAGGAGCGACCGCUGGGGCGUUAGACACCCCUGGAACCUCGACGCCCUCUGCAAGUGGUUAUAACUAUAGCAGCUCGGCGCCAUCCUCAUCCUCAUCUGCGGUUGGAGCGCCCACGGCUGCCUUCUUUGCGGCCCAACAGGGGGAUCCUCGCCAGUAUGUGCACUUCCAGCAGCCGGCGGUGCCGCCGCCACCACCCCAAUUGGAGCUCCUACCACCGACUGGUGUUCAACAGGUUGUGCCACAGGUUAUCUACCAGCCGCAGCAGCAACAACAACAGCCAGCACAUUUGGUGGUGGCCUCAACCAGUGCUGCUGCCUCUGCUUCGUCGGCAUCCUCCUCAUCGUCGUCCUCGGCCUCGGCGCUGCAGCACAAGAUGACGGACAUGCUAAAGCGAAAGGCGCCACCAAAGCGCAAAUCGCAGAGCAGCGGCAGGGCAAAGUCCCGUCAGGAGGAUGCAGCCUCCGUUGCAGCUGCAGCAGCAGCUUCAGGAAUUGGAACAGGAGGAGCUUCGUCAGCAUCUGCUAGUUCCGCCAUGCAUGAGCUACUCAGUCGAGCUACGAGUCUUGGUAGCGGCACUGGCGGUAGGAGUACGCCUAGCUCUGGCAGCGGGUCCGGUGGUUCGAAGUCUCGCUUCAAUGCCGGCGGCAAUUCGAACAGCGCCGGGUCGAGCAAGUCAUCGUUCCUGGCUUCGCUGAAUCCGGCACGCUGGGGUCGCCAAACGGCAGCACAUCACCAUCACCACCACCAGCAGCAGUCGCAGCAGCAACAACACCACCAUGGCCUGUCCAAAGAUUCCGGCAAUGCUAAUUCCUCAAGUGGAUCUGGUUCGGGAUCUGGAUUGGCUUACACUGUCACCCAGCAUGGAGCUGGCGCUGGCGCUCAGGGAGGACUGAACGCAGCUGCCGUUGCGGCCAGCAUCAGUAAGAGCAUCUCACACGCCAAUCUCUUGGCGGCGGCAAAUCGGGAAAGAGCACGCCAAUGGGUGCGGGAACAGGCAAUAGACUUUGUCAAGCGUUACACGGAGCAGGAGGCCAGGAGGAGCAAAACUGCUUCAGAGAGUGGAACAUCUCAAAGUGGAAACAACGGAGCACCCGGAUCCUCUUCGGCGACGGGCAACAAUGCCCCGCUGUCAACAGCGGGCAGCACCAACGUUCUGGAGCGUUUAUCUAGCAUCCUGUUUAAGCUUAACGGCAGCUACCACGACUGUCUGGAUGCCCUUCUGGAGCUAAAGACAAUCCUGCUGGAGAGCGACAUCUCGCCGUUUGAAGUAAACCACUCGGGCCUGAUCAAGGCCAUGCUCAACUACAUGACCAGCGAGACGGGCCUAGUGGAACGCGAUGCGCGUUUGCGCAGCUUUAUGCACGUCUUUGCUGGGUUGCCACUGGAGCCUCUUCUGCAGAACGUCGGUCAGCUGCCCACCAUUGAGCCUGUAGCAUUCAGCGCCUUUGUGGCCAAGUUGAAUGGCUGCGUUACGCAGCUGGAACAGUUCCCUGUAAAGGUGCACGAUUUUCCUGCUGGUCCAGGUGGGCGCUCCAACCAGAGUGCGUUGCGGUUCUUCAACACGCAUCAGUUGAAGUGCAACCUGCAGCGCCAUCCGCAGUGCAAUAAUUUGCGUCAGUGGAAGGGUGGCACCGUCAAGAUCGAUCCAUUGGCCAUGGUUCAGGCUAUCGAGCGUUAUCUGGUGGUGCGCGGCUACGGCGGCAUCCGAGCCGACUCGGACGACGACAGCGAGGAGGAUAUGGAUGACAACGUGGCCGCUGUGGUAAUGACACAAGCUGGUUUUAAGCACAAGCUACAGUUCACGAUUGGGGAGCAUGUGCUGCCCUACAACAUGACCGUGUAUCAGGCGGUCAAGCAGUUUUCUCCGUUGGUCAGCGAGCAGCCGGAGACGGACAAUGAGUCGGAGACGCUUUUGGGCAACGCAAGCAUAUGGGUGCAGCAACACACGAUCUAUUAUCGUCCGGUCGAGGAGGAGGCUACUCCAGGGGCCGCGGCGUCCAGUAGCAGUUCGUGCAGCAGCAGUGGUGUGCAAAAACAGCAGCAGAGCACCUCUAGUUCAGGCUCGAGCUACGCGAAUGCCUCGACCUCGUGCUCAUCGUCGUCGGGAGUGGCUAGCGGUGGAGGAUCCUCCUCAAAGAAGUCUCACAAGUCCAGCAGCAAGUUUAUGCGCAAGAAAACCGAACUGUGGCACGAGGGUAUUGCUCCUGGUGUAAUCUCUGCUCUGAAGCCAUUCCUCAGCAGUUCGUUGCCCGCCGAUGUGGUAACAGUGCAGGACUCUUCGCUGGAUGCCCUGUGUAUGCUGCGCGUGAUCCACGCUCUUAAUCGCCACUGGGAGCAUUUGUAUGGCUGUGUGGUGCGGCAGAACAUCGUUCCCCAGGCCGAGUUCGUGCAUCCAAAGAUCACGGCGAAAGCGAACCGCCAGCUGCAGGAUCCGCUAGUGAUCAUGACGGGCAACUUGCCACAAUGGCUGCCCCAGAUCGGCAUGGCCUGUCCGUUCCUUUUCCCAUUUGAGACACGGCACCUGCUCUUCUACGCCACCAGCUUCGAUCGUGAUCGCGCUCUGCAGCGACUGUUGGACACCACGCCGGAUCUGAAUGCUGCCGAGUCCUCCGAGAGGGUUGCUCCGCGUCUAGAUCGUCGCAAGCGUGCAAUUUCCCGGGCGGAGAUCCUUAAGCAGGCGGAGCAUAUCCUGCAGGACUUUGGCCACUCGAAGGCUCUUCUGGAAAUCCAGUAUGAAAACGAAGUGGGAACAGGUCUGGGACCAACACUAGAGUUCUAUGCAUUGGUUUCUGCCGAGCUGCAGCGCACUGAUUUAGGUCUGUGGAAUGGAAGCGAUAGUUACAAACAGAAUUCCGUGACCAUUGUUGAUGUGGUAAAGGCCAAUAGUGCUGUGCUGCACAUUGAAGAUGCCCUUGAGGCAACCACAAUGGAACAGAGUCCUCCAGCAGCACUCGUUAGCAGCACCACCGUCACCACCAGCACAACGACAGCUACACUGAACCACCAGCCACCACCCACCCGCUCCAGCAGCCGCUCGCACACCCUUCGGGGUGCAGCUGGUCAGCAACAACAGCCUGUGGAGCACAGCUCCUCCAGCGGCGGUGGCGGCGCCAAUGAGAACGCUAUAAAUAUGAUAAUCGCACAGCAGCAAUUUAGUGAUAUAAACUCGGUGGCGGAGUCGGCAGCAGCGAACGAUAAUCCCAGCAGCACUACCACCACUAUGGCCAACAUCGUGGUAGAGCAAAGCACCACAACCACGAAUCAAUCCAGCACCACCACGAACACAAUAGCUACGACCAUGACUAGCUAUGUGCACGCGGUGCAUGGCCUAUUCCCUCUGCCACUGGGCAAAUCCUCGAAGCUGCCGCAGAUGACCAAGGCCAAGGCCAAGUUCAAGUUCUUGGGCAAGUUCAUGGCCAAGGCGGUAAUGGACAGUCGAAUGCUUGACUUGCCAUUCUCAUUGCCAUUUUACCGUUGGCUGGUCAGCGAGGAGCAUUCCAUUGGCCUGGCCGAUCUGAUGCGCGUGGCACCGGAGGUGCAGAACACGUUGGUUCGCCUGCAGGAUGUGGUGCGUCAGCGAGAGUACAUUCUGUCCGAUCCCAACAUCGAUGCCAUGGAAAAGACGGAAAAGAUUGAGCAACUUGAUUUGGAUAGCUGCCCCAUUGCCGAUCUGGGACUGGACUUUGUGCUGCCCGGCCAUGCAAAUAUCGAGUUGUGCCGUGGCGGACGGGACACACCGGUGACCGUGCACAAUCUGCACCAGUACAUAUCGUUGGUUACAUACUGGUUCCUCAUUGAGGGCGUUCAGAAGCAGUUCGAGGCACUGCGCGAGGGCUUCGAUUCUGUCUUUCCGAUUCAGCGUUUGCGCAUGUUUUACCCGGAGGAGUUGGAGUGCGUAUUCUGCGGCUCGGCCAGCGAGCAGCAGCACCAGCGGUGGGAUGCCAAGAUGCUGCAGGACAGCUGCCGCACAGAUCACGGCUUCCACCAGGAGUCGCAGGCGAUUCAAUAUCUGUACGAGAUCCUCGCCUCCUAUAAUCGCGACGAGCAACGCGCUUUCCUGCAGUUCGUGACGGGAUCGCCGCGCCUACCGACUGGCGGAUUCAAGGCCCUAACGCCUCCUCUGACCAUCGUGCGGAAGACUCUGGACGGCAACCAGAAUCCCAAUGAUUACCUACCAUCUGUGAUGACCUGUGUCAACUAUCUCAAGUUGCCCGACUACUCCAGUCGCGAGGUGAUGCGGCAGAAACUGAAAGUGGCUGCCAACGAGGGCAGCAUGUCCUUCCACCUGUCCUAAACAAAAUCCGAAUACCGAAUACAAGUCCGCGCUGCAGCAACAUCCCUACCACAAGCAGAAACCAAGAAUAUAGAAGGAUCUAUAUAAAUUCCAAGCGCUACAAACCACAGAAGCAGCAGCCACAUUUACAUUUAACUGAAAGGAAGGAUAUUAAGUGUUUUUGUUAGAUUCGCCGCGCGCGCUUUUUACCCUCACCACCACCCCCCAACCCUACCUCAGCCCCGCUUUUAAAUUUUCGCUCUUGGUCAGCGUCGUGCGCAAAGCUAAAUUUCAAUAUAUAAUUAUAUAAUUAUAAUAUAUUUUGUAUUACCUAGUUUUGCAAAAAAGAAAAGAAGAAACGAGAAAUACAAGAGAAUAAAAUCACCAUUAUAGGGGAUGGACUCAAGAAAUGAAACUAAUCGUGAAGAACGAACCCGACCCUGAAGCCGAAUCCCCUAAAAUGUUAUCUUAAAUAAAUUGAAUAGUAGAAUAUCGAUUAUA